AUGCCAGCACAGGACCCACAAAAGCCACCGCCGACACGGCACGUCAUUUUGCCUUUCGACCUCCGGAACGACGCCAACGCCUUAUACGACCCCGAAAAGCGAGAUGCCAUAAGAAGCAUCUUUCCCGGAACCAUUGGCAUUGGCAGCGACGGGUGGUUUCUAUACCUCCAGGUACACACGCUGCCGCCGAAGCCUUGGCCACUCACUGUUGCCGGACUUCCUCUCUACCUUCACCAAAUUCCCGGUCAAAACCCCAUGCCUCGAGCAUUACCCGUCUCUCGAAAGAAUGGCUCUAUCGCUGAGGACCAGAAUGGCAGGGAUAUGCAGGAUUGGGAGCCGCUCUUCCACAUCAUUAAAAGCCACUUUGAAGAGCUCCGGGUCCCGAUCACAGAGGUCAUGUAUCUUGGCAACGUCGUAUUCAUCGUCUUGAAGUACCGCGACACGAAUUACAACAAAUUGCCGUUCCACGCAGCAAAUAUUUCGUGUUCCUACUUGUUCGAAGAUGAGAUGGGAAGACCGUCCGCACCACAUGUUCGCCGCCUUUCUGACCGAGCUCCCGGGGAUCUGGACAUGAACCAGUACGAUACUCUACAGCCAGGGCUGAGGGUGGCUUCUAGCUAUCUGCUAGACAAACCCGAUGCAUUUCUCGCAACAACAACUGGAGUUCUUCUGAAGGAUAGAGUUGGCAACGAGUUCAUGACUGUAGCCGCGCAUGGAUUCCCCAGCGAAUGUGGCACACGGGUCUUCCACGCCUUCCCCAGCACCGGCCGCGAUGUUGGAGAGCUCGUUAUGGAAGUUUCGCACACGGACAUCGCCCUCGUCAAGUUGCGGGACACGGAAACGUUCUCCAACGUCAUGUUCCACGACGAGUUGAUCGAGCAGCCGACUCAGCUCAACAAAUUUAUUUCUGCCAAAAAGUACCGACGCUCCGAUUCUGUUUACCUGCGUUCACCCAAUACAGGCUUCAUCGAAGGGCGAUUCAGCUGGUCGUCAUUCCAAGCAGUUCCUGGGGAUGACUACUCCUCGAAACAGGAAUGGAUAUUUACAACCUGGAGCUACUUGGGUCAAGACUCAGCAAUCAAGCUUCAUGGAGGAAUGUGCGGUAGUACUAUCUGGGAUGAGGCCGGAAAUGUCUUGGGCUUUUUCAGGUACGCUCCAGAGGAAGGGGUGAUGAAGGAUUGGUGCGCCGCAACUGCUGCUGAUGAGCUCAUCAACCAAGGGUAUACGCUCGUCAAUACGAGCGACAGAGCAUGA